AUGGCCAAGGAUUCAUGGAAUAAAAGGAAAAGGACAAAGGAAGAAGCACGAUAUCUUCGAAAGUUAAAACUUGAUCCUGAUUCUCAGUUAAAUAACGACAAUAUCAAUAUACAAACCAAUGAAAAAAAAAUACAGCCCUUAUUUGGAUUAAACAAAAACAUGAAUAAAGAAAAUAAACCUCAUAAUAGAUCAGAAAAAAAAGAUUUUUUUAAAAAUGAACAAAAUUCUACUCAAAGUAUACUAUUUCAUGAAAAUCUAGAAAUAUCAAACAAUAUUGAAAAUAAAACCAAUAAAAAAUCUUUAAUAAACAAAAAUAAAGAAAAAAUCAUAAAAAAUGAGGAAACAGAAAAGAAAGAAGACAUUUUAUAUAUAGAAAAGAAGCCUGAAACACAAUCGCAACGAGCUUCUAAUAUUUCUGAUCUUCGAGCCAAACUAGCAUUUCGUAUUGAACAACUUCGUGCAAAUCGUAAAGCCUCGAAAAGUAUGACAGAUGGUUCAGCUAAGAAUAGAGAUUCUAUUCUUGAAACAAGAAAAAGAAAAAAGCAAACUUUCUUAAAAGAAAAAAAAGAAAAUCCACUAAAAAAAGAAGAAAAAAACAUAUCAAAUGAAGAAAAAAAGCAUAAAAGUGUAAAAGAAGAGUCUAAAAAUGAUGAAGAUCUAUUAAAUAAACCCAAAGAAAAUAGUCUUCUAUAUGGAAGAAUAAGCUUUGCAUCAGAUGAAGACGAGCUUAAACCGGCUCAAAAAAAAUAUCAAUCUAUGGACUUAGCAGGAGCUCUACGACAUGCAGAGGCAAAAAGAAUGCGGUUGAAUCAAUUGAGUGAUGAAAAGAAAAAACAAAUCAUAGAAUCAGAUGCAUGGAAAAAAGCCUUUUUACUAAGCGAAGGAAAAAAAGUUAAAGAUAAUGAAACAUUAUUGAAAAAAUCAAUGAAACGUCAAGAACGACAAAAGAAAAAAAGCGCUAAAACAUGGAACGAGCGUUUAUUGCAAGUCUCAAAAGCCAAACAACUACGACAGAAAAAAAGAGAAGAAAACAUAGAAGCUCGCCGAACAAUGCGGAAAAAAAAACAAUUAGCAAAAAAAAAACGGCGUCCAGGCUUUGAGGGCUCAUUGCAUAUCAAAAACCAAAACAACACAAAAACAUCCUUAGACACCCCAAAAAAAUAA